CGUGUUUGCAGAAUACUACCAAACAGGGCUCCAGCUCGGAGGUUCCUCCACCACCGGGCUGUUUCCCCCGAACCUGGCUGAGCAAGAGAGGAGGGGGCGGCAGAGGGGGAGGAGAAAAGUGGAGGGCUGGUCCCCUGCUCGGGAGAGUUGAACCCCCUCUUUUCCCCCUCCCCCUCCCCCCCAAAAAUAGACUACAGGAUCCGCCAGGGAGGAGACAGGCCUUGGCCUGGGAUAGCCGGACCCAGGGAGGAUCUCGGGACCCCAGCGGCAAAGAAGGGGGCCGCUGUAUCCCGAGUUUCACCGCUCCCUCCUAAGCCGCUGUGCCCCGCUCUCGGAAAGCCUGAGGCUAAGCAGCCAUCCCCUCCCUCCACCUUCUCGCCAUCCCAUCCCCCACGCUGACUUUCCUUUUCUUCGUGCUGCAGCUGCAGCUGCAGCUGGAGAGACUCAGCAGUCAUGGUUUCCUUUUUGCCUCCUGGAUGGAAACUUUAGAGUUGGUUUUGAAUUUGGCCAGCAUAGCCAGAUGCUCCCUCUUGAGAUCCGGUUCCCUAUGUGGCCUUGGGGGAUCUGGUUCUGAUGACCUGGUCUGAUCGCCACAGCCACAACAGCAGCAGUCCGGGCAGGGGCUUGGCCGGGCUCAACAGGCGAUUGCUUUGCUGACGCUGCAGUCACUGAGAGAAGCUGGCGGGUCCUUCAGCCCAGCAGGGAGAUGUUCCUGGGACCUCUCAUCCGAAGUCACAGCCCAAAAGCUCCCAUCCUGAUUCUGAGGCCCUUUCCUUCAGUCACUGAGCCUCUGUUUCUUCAUCUGCGGAAUGGACUUAAUAAUCCUAAUGGUGGGGAGGUCUCACAACCUGGAGCUUUCAGCAGCAGGCCUGGCAAAGAUCCAGGCCCGAGGCACGGCAUCAGCUUGGGACAGCAUGAGAACACCCAAGAUUCAGUUAUGCCAAUGCAUGAAAAAGACCAGACUGGCGGUUGUAAGUGCCCGCCUUCCAUCCUGAGACGGAAACCACCAGAGUGCCCUAUAACAGGUGAUAGGAGAAGGGCUGAGAGGCGGGUACGCUUCCAGGAGCCUGAGAAGACAGCUGUGCAUGACAUAUCCUGUGUGGACACCAUUGUAGCUCCGGACAGGUGGUCAUCUGGAUGCCCUCUCUUCCUGUGCCUCUGCCUUUGCAUCCUGCUUGGCCUAGCCCUGAGCCUCUAUUGUGGUCAGGCCAAGCUGGGUUCCAAAGCCCUGGAGGAAUUCCGAGCCUGGCUCCUUCUCUUCCUCCUCCGGGUAAGACACAUGGCUAUGACCUUCUGGAAGUGGUUUGGGAGACAGUGACAGGAGCCUCCACAGAGCCCCAGCAUUUGCACAGAUGUAGUUCUUCUGCCUUUCUCAGUCUGAGGAACCUCCUCAGUUACCAUUCGGGAAAGUGACUUCUACAGCCCUCCACCCUCCAAGGCAAUGAACAGUGUCUGAGCCUGGAAUAUGGGGCCUUCAGACAUGAAGUUCCAGGAAUCUGAGAGUCUUUUGAGUAGCACAUUCAAGUUUAAGCAGAAACAAACGGUGUGUCUGCUGAGAAAUCUCCAAGCACCAAGAUCUGCUUUCUAAUGAUUUCUUCAGGGCCAGUAGUAAGUCAGGAGAACUUCCCACUGUCACUAUUAAAAUACACACGCAUGCGUACGCGCGCACACACACACACACACACACACACACACACACACAUAUACACACACACACACACACACACUCCUCUAGAAUUCUUGGACGCCUAGAUACUGCCAGGUUAAACUGCUGUUCCACCAAUUACAAAUUGGACUCAUAUUACUAUAACUUUUACCAGAGAACGUUGGAUCUUGGGCACAUCACUUUCGCAAACAUUAAAGAAAGUUUCACUUGUUUAUCCACAAAUAGAUUCCAUUUUGUUUUCCAAAUUUGUCACCUUUCUCCAGUUUAACUUAAUCCCAUGCAAUAAACAUGAAGUAGUUACUACAAGGCAAGGUGAAAGGCAGCCAGAGUAUAGUGGAUAGACAGAUGGCUUUGGAGUCAGGAAAACUUGGCUUCAGUUCCUAUCUCUAACACAUAUUAGCUAUGUGACCAUAGGCAAGUAACGUAAUCUUCCAUGCCCUAAGACUUCUCAAGACUAUAAAUGUGUUGCUGUUCAGCAUUGGUGAAAGGACUUUCUGCAAUGAAGUUUCACCUAUGGAAUCACAUCUGGACAAAAUAAAAUGUAUGACACUGUACUGAGCACUGGUGAACAUAGUUCCUUCCCUUAAGAAGGUUAUAUUCUAAUGGGAGAGGGAAAGAGAGGAGUAGGUACAAAUUAUAAGUGGAUAAAUAUGUCACAAGAAAGAGUUAUAGCAACAAGAAUAAGACAUAGACAAAGUACUGUAGGAAAAUUUGAAGAGGAGAGAAUUUUCAGCUAAGGGAAUUAGGAAGAGGCAGCACCUGAGCUAGACUUCAAAAAAAGAUGAUUAUCUCAACAGGCAGAGAUAAAGAAGACUUGGAUUUUGGUCAUGGGAUGGUAGCCUUUGGGGCCGCACCAAAAUGGAAGCCAGCCAGACAAUGUCUGCUAACAUUUCAUGGGAAAAGUACAGUGCAUUUUGUCUGAAAUAUACAAUGCAUGAAGGUGGAGGUGGCUGCAUUGUCAGGAAACAGAGGUUAUAGUAAGCUUCAAAUGCCAAUCUGACAGGUGUUUGUUUUAUCCCAUGGUUAAUUAAGAGCUACCAAAGGCUUUUUGACGAAGGAGUUAAGUAGUUGGAGCUAUGUUUUAGGAAGAUUGUUUUAGCAGUUAUUCAAAGGAUAUGUCCUGCUCUAUGAAAAUGUGAGAUCCUUGAGAGGAGGGACUGUGGUUUUGCCUUUUUUUGUAUCCCCAGUGCUUAGCACAGAGCCCGGCACAUAGUAAGCACUUAAUAAAUGAUUGUUAACAGACAUUACUUAGUUCUUGAAGAUAAUGUCAGCUGUGAAAGCUCUCAGAGUUUCUACCAAGCUGGGAAGGCUUCCAAUGUAGUCAAGGCAACAGACACUCUGGCUCAUGACCUACCUAGCUAAGUGGAAAAGCACAGCAGGUUGGCCACAAGAUAAUGAAUUCUUGGGCCAUGGAAACCCAUGAAAAACAUGUUUAAAUGAAAGAGUCCUUAGCCUUGUGUGACUCCCUUCUGCAUUCUACAGAAUGGCAGAAAAUGAGGGAGAGGAUACUAAGAAUCACGCUUUUUACAUAAUUCACAAACAUUAAUUUAAUUUUUGUUUCUUAAAAUAUCAGAUCUCUGUCCACAGACAAAAGGUUGGUGUGCUACCAGAGGAAGUGAAAUGCACGAAAUGAUGGUUUUCACUGAUAAUGAAGUCAGAAGCCACAAAAAACAACCUUACAUGCAAAUGUAAAUAUCAAUCAUCAAUCAUUUAUUAGGUGCCUACUAAGUGUCUGGCUCUGUGCUAAUGACUAGGAAUUCAAAGAUGAAAAUGAGAAAGUUCUGAGGGACACAGCAUGCAGGCAGGUAGACAUAAAUGUAUACAAAAUAGAAGAUAAUGUAUGGGGGGAAGGUGACACCGCUUGAGCUAUUUCCAUUCUCUCAGGGUGCCUGGAUCAACAAUCAUGUGUCACAUCCCUUCCACUUACCACCUGUGUGAACUGAGAUAUAUCUUUUAAACUCUUUGAGCUUCCAUGACUCCUUUACAAAGAUGGACAGAAUGAUAAUAGGCAAGAUAUCGCAUAGGUUUGCAUUAAUGACCGUAUGAGAUAGUGAAACACUAUGGUACCACAGUCCUGAAGGUAAGUAAAUUAAACCGUGGGGCAAAGGAAAUGAAACACUCACAGACCACUUAACAUCUAAUGAAAGAAGUGUUACUUAACAAUAGCAUAGAAAGGGCAUUUGGCAAAAAUGCAGCAUUGAUUCCACUGGGCCUCUGAUUGCCUUCCCAUUUGCCAUGGUUGCACACCAGGUCAAGAAACAUGGGUCAAACCUGAGGCAUGCCAGCCUCUUCAUGCGCUAAGUUUUUAUUCUUGGGCCACCAAGAAACCAUGCCAAGUUGAAGCCUUAGAGGGAGCUGAAAAAUGGCAACUGCUCCCUAAGGAGGCAUCAGUCUCUCUCUUCCCUUGUUGCCCUCCCACCACACACACACACACACACACACACACACACACACACACACACACAAACACUGCCUAUAGCCAUAAUAUUUAAAAAGAGCCUAGACCUUUGGCAAUUAUUUUCUAAGAUUUCCAAAGCAGCUUUCCCAAGAACACAAAAGUUACAAUAAGUGCCAGAAGUGGGAAUGAACCCUGUUUCUCAAAGUCUCUAUCAGCAUUCAUGCUACUGCCUCAUGCUCACUCAUUAGCCCAACUCCUUCAUUUCACAGAUGAGGAAAGUGAGAUUGAAUAAGAUGAAAUGACUUGCUCUGGGUUCCACUGCUAGCAUUCAAAGCAGAAUUAAAGCCAGUCUUCCAGACUCCAAAGCCAGCAUUCUAUUCACAAUACUGCCUUUCCUCUCUAAGCACUAUCAACUCAUGACCUUGCCAACAGAGUUGACUGAGAAACGAACCUAAAAUUCUGUAUUUAUGGUGGAAUACGGCUUGGUAGAAAGAUGCCUGCUCAGGAGUUCAACACACCUGGGUUCAGAUUCCACCUUUGCCCCGGACUUACUUUGUCACCUUGAGCUAUGGCCCAGAUCUUUCUAGACCACAAUUUCUUUAUCUGUAACAUGUCAAGGAAGAGUCAGAAAACCUGGAUCUAAGUUCCAGUUCUACCAUAGCUUGUAUAAUUUGGAGCAUGUCAGUUGCUAUCUAUGGGCCUCAGUGUCCCCAUCUGUAAGAUGAGAGAGUUGGCCUAGAUGAUUUCUAAUGCAGUCCUUUCAAGCUCUAAUUUUCUGACAUUCUCAAAUGCCGAGUGUCAAAGUUAUUAGUCCCUGCUCUGCCUCUCACAUGGCUGUUGUGAGAAUUGGAGAAGAUUAAUGGAAAAGCACUUUGGGAAGCCUAAACCUUGCAUAGAUACAAAAAAUAGCUCACAUUUACAUAUAAUUUUAUGUUUUACAAAGUUAUUUAUAUCCCUCCUAUCAUUUGAUCUUCAAAACAGCCCUGAGGAGUAAUUAUUGCAGAUAUGAUUAUACCCAUUUUAAACAAGAACAAACUGAGGUUUGGAAAAGGCAAGGUUGAACAGGAAGUCAGUGGCUCGAUAUCUAAGACUCCUUCCAAAGCACCUAGAUCCCUGUUACUUAAAAAUCUGGGAUAUAAAAAUGUUAUAGAAAGAUGAGCUGUAUUCACAGAGAGGAAUUGUUUUGUUUUUAUGAAGGGAAUAAAUGGAAAAGAAGA